UCGACGAAUUUAAGGCUUGUUAUGGGAUUUGUCUUCAAAUAAGUAAUUCAUCUGUGCAACGUAAAUGCAUUCUAAAGUCAACUCUUUGAACUUUCCUUGCAAUUGCAUCUACAGUAUUGCAGUGGUUGGUCUUGGGCAUCUCGGCGGUGAACAUGGAUUCUCGAGAUCAGGCUAGUGUUCUAUGAUAUGCAGCUGAAGCAGGCAAGACUAAAACAGUUGAUAAGGGAGUUGCUUGCCUUACAAGUUGGAGGCUGUUGUGGAAGGAUGGCGGAGGGACUCGACAGCAACACCACUAGCUGUAACGAAUCACAACUCUCUCAGUUAUCACAGAUAACAGAGCAUGGAUCACUUGAAAAGUCGACUGAGAACAAGUUUAUCGAUCAUGAAUGGGGAACCAAUCUUCUUCACGGGUUCUCUAAGCUAUACAAGGACAAGGAGUUUGUUGAUGUCACAUUGGUUGUGGACGGCAGAGAGUUUAACUGCCACAGAAAUGUUCUUGCAAUCUCCAGCCCCUUCUUCAUGGCCCUAUUUUCUACUCCUAUGUCUGAAAAUGGUCAAGAUAAAAUUACACUACGAGAAAUAGACAAACUGACAAUGGAGCUUGUUCUUGAUUACAUAUACACGGGGGAGGUAAUUAUGUCAGAGGAGACCGUGCAGGAUCUGCUCUCCGCAGCCAACAGGUUCCAGCUACUCCCAUUACGAACUGGCUGCGCAGACUUCAUGAGAAAACAUAUAACAGUAUCGAACUGCAUUGGAGUUUACUUUUUUGCCAAGGCUCAUGAAUGCAAUGUCUUAGCAGUGAAAGCUAAAGAAAUCAUAAGCAAACAAUUUACAUCAUUAUGCCAGCAACAAGAGUUUCUAUCACUGCCAGCUGAUAAACUAAUAGAAAUAGCAAGUGAUGACAACAUAGAGGUGACGCAGGAAGAAAUUGUAUAUGAAGCCUGCUUGAACUGGGUGAAGGCAGAGCUGGAUGAGAGAAAGAAGUGUUUGGGGGAAGUGAUGGACUGUGUUCGCUUUGCUAACAUAAACUCGUAUUAUUUUUGUGAUCGUAUAGACAGUAACCAAUUGUUAAAGGAAUAUGAAUCUCUGUCCAGCAAGCUAGAUGAUGUGAAAUAUUUCCAUAUGUUAAGGGACCGCCAUGAAGAAAUGGACUUGAACCUGACCCCUCGGCAGGGUAUGCAGCAUGAGCGGGCAGUAAUGAUCAUCGCCAACCCAUACACGGAGGACACCCUGAAGAAAUACAACAGUGUGGAGGUCCUGCUGCCCCGCUCUGGGGAAGUCAUCUUCCUCUGCAAGCUCCCACAGAGUCUUUACACACCAGGGUGUGCAAUAACAGGGGACAACCAGAUAUACCUGGCAGGAGGGUCCAUCCGGAAGAUAAACUACCGGGGCUCCAUUUCCAUAGAGGGUGUGUCCAAUAUGUUCUUUGUGUUUGACCAUACAUCCUUGUCCUGGGUCCAGAAGGCCAAGAUGCAGAUCCCUAGAUGCAUGUUUGACCUAACCAUUGUUGAUGGGUAUGCGUAUGCAGUUGGGGGUAUGGAUGGGACAGUUCUGAGCUCAGUAGAGCGUUAUGACCCCUGCUCUAAUACUUGGUCCCUACUGGCUCCUCUGCCCCAGCCUCUCCGCUUCACCACCUCUGUCAGCCUGAAAGGCAAACUGUAUGUGUUCGGGGGAGAGAACUCGGAAACAAUCGUCAACACUGCAUACAGAUACGACCCUUGUUCAGAUACAUGGACAGAGCUGGUUGCUAUGGCCACAGGAAGGGUGCUUGCAGGGAGUGUGGUUCACCAUGGAAAAAUCUAUGUUAUAGGGGGCAAUGGGAAGGUUAGUGACAAGUGGAAGCGCGAGUACCUGCCGGAGUACUGUGUGAGCUCAGUGGAAAUAUAUGACCCAGACAGCAAUUCCUGGAGCCCUGGGCCUGAGCUGCCAAAUGCUCUUUGUGGGGCAGGGGUGGUGAAGUUUGGAGGCACGAUACUGAUUGUGGGGGGUGAGGAUGACAAGAGCUGGAUGGCAGGUCUGUGCUGGCUGAAAGAAGAGAGGGGCAGACAACUCUGGGUGGAGGGACAGGAGCUCCCCACUGUCAUGAGCACCUUUGGCUGUGCUGUUGCUAACAUCCAGAGGGAAGCUUUGAAACAGCAGACAUAGAUAUCAAACAUUUUCUACCCAUUAAUGUUUUAUAUCAAAUUAUUAUGGUGGUGUCGGCGGUGCCAGCAUCAGCAAAACCUUGUGCAGAAAGCUACUAUGUUUCAUUAUCAAAUUAUGAUGAAGCUUUGUGAACCACAAACCGAAAUAGAACCAGAGUUAUAGCCUUUUUACAUUUCAAAGUAAAAGGGUUAUAUCUAGUGCAGACAAUAAUAGUGUGGGCAUACAAGCAAUUAGAUGAAUUAUGAACUUAUUUGAAAAUUUAUUUCAUGCACCAACAUUUUUAUCAUUUCUUUGUUUAAUGCUAAGCUGAAAUUAUUACGAAAGCUGAAUUGUAUGUACACUUUUGUGCAUUAACCUGUAUAUGUAGUCUUCAUUUCAUUUGUAUUUACAAUAACUUAAUUUUGUGGAUUUGACAACCAUCAAUAUUUCUCUGUCUUUCUAUGUCUGAUGAUGCUGCUUUAAAAUAAA